GUGAGCUCCUCGUUGCGCGCGACAACAUUGCCGAGUCCCCCCCGGUUCACCUCCGCUGCCCCGCGCCGGACCCUCGCUCCCCGCUUGCCGCUCAGCAGGCGGACAAGCGUAAAGAGGACCCGGAUCCAGAGUAAGACCGAAAAAGGAAAAGAGACAUUCUCGCUUUUUCAGCUUCUGGCUCCCCCCGCACACUUUUCUCUUUUUUUCUUUUUUUUUCUCCUCUUUUCUUUUUUUUUUGUUUUUCGGCGAGGUUGAACGACCGUGUUGCGCCGCGUUAUUUCGGGGGGGGAGUGGGUGGACGGUGACGACUGUAAUUUAGCCAUCAUAGAUCACCUAAUGACGGCAGAGGUGCAGCAGCCGCCCGCGCAGCCUCCGGCACAGAGCAGCCCCAUGUCUGCCCCGGAGAAGCCCCACGGGCAGCAGCAGCAGCAGCAGCAGACGGCGGUGAUGGAGAGCGCCUCGUCCAGCACCAAGACCAAGAAGACCAACGCCGGGAUCCGCCGCCCGGAGAAGCCGCCGUACUCCUACAUAGCCCUGAUAGUCAUGGCGAUCCAGAGCUCCCCGACCAAGCGGCUCACGCUGAGCGAAAUAUACCAGUUCCUGCAGAGCCGCUUCCCCUUUUUCCGGGGCUCGUACCAGGGCUGGAAGAACUCCGUGCGUCACAACUUGUCCCUCAACGAGUGCUUCAUCAAGCUGCCCAAGGGCCUCGGCCGGCCGGGGAAGGGCCACUACUGGACUAUCGACCCGGCCAGCGAGUUCAUGUUCGAGGAGGGCUCGUUUCGGAGGAGGCCCCGCGGCUUCAGGCGCAAGUGCCAGGCGCUGAAGCCCAUGUACAGCAUGAUGAACGGCCUGGGUUUCAACCACAUCCCCGACUCCUACAACUUCCAGGGGAGCGGCGGCGGUUUGUCGUGUCAGCCCAACAGCCUGUCCUUAGACAGCGGCAUCGGGAUGAUGAACGGACACCUGGCGGGGAACAUGGACGGCAUGGGUCUCUCCGGCCACUCCAUGUCCCACUUGUCGGCCAACAGCGGACAUUCCUACAUGGGAAGUUGUUCGGGCUCCACCGGGAGUGACUACCCCCACCACGACAACUCCGCCUCGCCGCUGCUGACCAGCGGAGGGGUGAUGGAGCCUCACCCGGUCUACUCGAGCUCCGCUCCGGCCUGGGCUCCGGCGCCCUCGGCCUCGCUGAAUAACGGAGCUUCUUACAUCAAGCAGCAGCCCCUGUCCCCCUGCAACCCCGGGGCCAACCCGCUGCAGCCCAGUUUGCCCACGCACUCGCUGGAGCAGCCCUACCUGCACCAGAACGGCCACGGCACCACGGACUUGCAAGGUAUCCCGCGGUACCAUUCCCAGUCCCCGAGCAUGUGUGACCGAAAGGAGUUCGUGUUCUCCUUCAACGCCAUGACGUCCUCCGCGAUGCACUCCCCGGGCAGCGGCUCCUACUACCACCACCAGCAGGUCUCCUACCAGGACAUCAAGCCCUGCGUCAUGUGACGCCCCGCGGCGGCCGGCAGCGACGCGCGGAUUUGGACUUUUCGCCCAAACCAAUAGAAUGCCCCCCCUCGCGCAGGAAAGGCGCUCGUGCGCUCGUUGUACAUGACCACAAACUCAAGGAAAAUUUGACUGGACUGUUUUUUUUUGUUUGUUUGUUUGUUUUUUUUGUACACACCAAGAACUUGACUCUUUUUCAACUCUUGAGAGAGCGCGAGAGAGCGCGCGAGAGAAAGAGAGAGCGAGGCAGCGUCAUGGCUCAUCACAGACAAGCACACAUAACAAAGAACUGUAUGCCAUCACUACCGGCCGGCGGGGGUACAUUAAGACCCCCCCCAUCAAAACCCCAGCUGCCGUUUGGUACUAGUUCUGCGGGCGGAUGACUACCACUUUACACCUCUGUAAAUGUUUAUUCAUUUUGUAAAAAACAAAAAACAAAAAAAACAAAUAUGUAAAUGCACAUUUCCAUUUCUACGUCAGAAGUUUUAGUUUUUACUUAUAAGCAAACUAUAGAUUCAGGCUCUUUCGGACUAUCGAACAAGCGUUGACUUUUUAAAUGAACAAUA